GGCAAAUUGGCAAAACUGUAUUAGGAUGCCGUGUUUUGGGAUUCCUCGAAUUAUCUUUAUCUUUUUUGUCUUGUAGAUUACAGUGGUAGAAAAGUGUAAUUUUCAUUUUUAGUGCACGUGAAUGCUUAAUAUUUAGUAAUAACAAAAUGUGGAGAAUGAAGCAUGGAGAGCAUGUAACAAAAUGUACACAAAUACUUUUACAAGAAGCACAAUUAUGUUCUAAAGAAGACGAAAUUAAAAAAUUAGCCCACCCUUCUGAUUAUGUGAAUGUCGUAUAUAACUAUAUAAACGAAUUAAAAGCAUUUAAAGAUAUAAUUGCCGAACCCCAACCCAGAAAAUCAAAUGAAAUAUCAGAUGAACUAAGAAUAAAAGGCAAUGAUUACUUUUUACGCGAUAAUAAUUACUUGAGUGCAUUAGAAAAGUAUACUGAAAGUAUUGCUUUUGCUGUAAAUGGCAGCUCCUACUUGGCUUUAGCAUAUGCUAACAGAUCUGCAUGCCUUUUUGAAGUAAAGUAUUAUAAGGAAUGCUUAGAGGAUAUUGACAGAGCAUUAUCGCUAGAUUAUCCUGAAAACUUAAAGCCAAAAUUACUGAAACGAAAAACCAACGCUGAAUCUCAAAAAAAUAUGCAAAAACAAUUCCAGUAUUACAGCAAACCUCCUGUUCUUAAAUCUAAAAAUCCUCUGAUACCUUGUGCAGAAGAUUCUAUAGAAAUAAAAUGCAACAAAAAAUAUGGUAGACACAUUAUUGCAACUCGAGACAUAGAAAUUGGAGAAGUUUUAUCUGUAGAAAAUUCGUUUUGCCACGUUGUCGAUCCAGAGGCCAAAUAUUUGCACUGUCAUGAGUGUCUAGAACUUUGUUUUAAAAUGAUUCCGUGUGAAAACUGCAGUGGUGCAUUGUAUUGCAGUGAGGAAUGUAGAAGCAAGUCUUUUGAGGGGUAUCAUAAAUAUCAAUGUCAAUUUCCCAAGAUCUUGUUAGAUCCUAAUUUAAGGAUGUUUAUCAAAUUAGCAUUAAUAGGCAUGGUUGAUUCUAAAAAAACAGAAGCCGAAGAACCUACUAAUAUCCAUCAAUCUGAUUCUUUUAAAGAAAUAAUAAAAUUGGAAAUGCAUGACAAAGAGCGUGAUUACAUCACACUAUGUACAGUAGCAAUUCACGCAUCAAUUGCCUACCAUGUUCUUAAAGAAAAUCAAGAAUUCGCCUCAGAAUAUGAUACAGAUGAGGAUGAUCAGAAUUUACAGAAACUACUUUUUAAAGCUUACCUGAUUACCACUAUUAAUCCAAUAUCAAUUGAAAAAAUUUGUGAUGACUCUGUUAUUAUUACCUUUAAGAAAGUUGGUAUGGCAUUGUAUGCUUUUAAUUGUUUGUACAAUAAUUCUUGUGCGCCCAAUUCUUUUUUUUUUCAUUAUGGAUCUCUGAUAGUAACAAGGGCCAAAGCUUCUAUAAAAAAGGGAGAGCAAGUUACUAUUUGUUAUGGAGGAUUCUUCCAAAAGACACCAAAAGCUAUUCGACAAGAAAAUCUCAAGGAAAUCUACAUGUUUGAUUGUGAUUGCAAAGCUUGCACCAAUAACUGGCCGACUAGCAUGUACUUGCCACAUGGGAAAGAGCUUCCUCCAUCAUUUAUAAAGAAAGUUACUGAAAACGUUUCCAUUGGAAGUGAUUCGAACCAGCAAUUGGACAACGAAAUUUUAAGGGACUGCAAAAGAUUGUAUUAUCAGUUAAAAAAGUAUGAACCUUGUCGUUAUUUAUUGGUAGUGCAACAAGAGCUAACUCUUAUUUAUCUUCAUCAGGCUGGUAGGGACGUAAACUUUUAAAUUUAAUUAUUCAGAAUAUUGACUGAAAAAACCAGUCAAUUUUAAAUCGUAAGAUAUCUCAAGUUUUUCGUCUAAAAUUAGGUUAUUGACUUUAAUUUUAAAAAGAGAAAGAUUUUUUAAAAAUCCACACUUUACCAGAUUUUUUAUUAUAUUUGAAUUAAAAAGAACUUUGAUAUUAGGUAUAAAUCAUUUUGAUUCUACACGAAAAUAUUUUUAAAGUGAUACUUUGCUUUUAAAUUCAAAAUUAAGAUUAUUUUAUUAAUAAUAAUACCUAUAUAUCUCAAUUCAUAUCAUCUCUGAGCAAAUUAGGAUUAUUGUAUAAAAGCAUCUUACUAAAUUUGUGUUAGGUACAUAUAAUUUUUUUGUUUUUGAAAGCCAGGAACGUCUCCGCAAUAAUGCAUUUAAGAGGGAAACGGCCAUUAUGCACCGCUAGAAAUAAAAAAGCAUGACAUGUUUUGAGCUUCGGCCUUACUCCUUGAAUGUAUUAAUGUCGGAGACUUCAUCUAUUGUUAUAAUUCGUUAUUAAUGUUAACAAAAACGUAUUAUUUUUUAUUUUUACAUAGCCGUUGCUAUUAUUUUACUGUAUUUUUUAAAAGUUAACUGUUUUUCAUUUUUGAUAUAGAUACUAUAGUUUAUGUGUUACCAAUAGGUUAAAAUUGCUUUUUUUAAACUUUAUAUUAAAAAAAAGGUUAUUGUCGG